GCUGAAUCUUCAGUCUGUCGCCAGUCGUCCGUCACGCCGGUCACACGCAUUACCGUCUAGACACACACACACACCCAUAUUGCACUAUAGUUUCCUUUAUAGCUAAGCCUUCAUACAGAGGGCCUUUUGCAUUCACCGGCUGGUAGCAAGUUAACCUAUAGAAGGGUGGGAGAGGGAACUUGAAGGAAUCAGUGCACCUCUGCCCGUCGGCCGGAGAAGACGUCUCUUCGAGGGAGCCUGUCCUUGCUAACUGGGCGCUAUUUAUAGGCACCAAAUUAAUAUAGCGGAUUCAACUGGGCUCAACGAAGAGCCGUACGGCAAAAAGCAAAUAACAGUUGACAUUUGAAAGAAAAAAAACUAAGCUUGAGGGCUAGUUACAGUUCAACAUCGUAAACCAACAGUGAAAGAUACGUUACACCAGUUUUGGUGCAGCUCAAAUGAACUAAUUGAAUUGCUAUUGCGACUGUCAAUUAGCUCAGCAUCAUUUCGUUGCAAAACAUUUAUCGGCUGAAACUGACGGGCAGUUGUCGUGUGCAAUGAACGUAUCGCGUAAUUACUGGCCGUCUCGUUUUUGAUUCAUGGUGGUGCUAAUGGGCUGGCCGCCAAGCCUCUUCAUUUGAAUAACGGCGAGGGCCUGCGGCUGUGUUGGUGCCUAAGCAACAGGGCAGUGAUCGGAUAUCAAGUGAUUUCCUUUGUCCCAGCUCGGUGACAGUUUACAUUCAACUACUGACGUUUGCGUGAAACCACCUGAUUGCUUUUUUAGGUCUCGGUGGACCUGAAAGUCACGCUCUCUGUUUAUAUUUUAUUCACGGGCGCACGCAACCAGCCAUGUGCCAAUGUUCUUCUCGGUCCGUCUCCUAAUAUCAUUUAUUAUGGAUCUCAGCAAACGAAAUCAGUGCACGGGAACGACGUCAAUAAAGAAGAUGAUACGCUUCAUCUUAUCAUUUCUGACUGUCCUACUGGAAGCGUCAGGUGAGUCGUCAUCCUCCCGACGUCCGCAUACUUUCACGGGAUCGGUGAUGUUCGCAGAUGGAGACGCAUCAUCUUCAGUCACAUCGCCCGGUGCGCCGCACUUCGCCGAACUCAUCCGAAAUGUCACGGUGCCGUUGGGUCGCGAGGCCGUCUUAUCUUGCGUCAUCAACAAUCUGGCCGAGUACAAAGUUGGCUGGCUGAGGGCUGACGACCAAACGAUUUUGAGUCUUCAUCGUCGUGUGGUGACGCACAACCCACGCGUGUCGGUGACCCACGACGAGUCACGCACUUGGAACCUGCACAUUCGCCAAAUCAAGGAAUCCGAUCAAGGAUGUUACAUGUGUCAGAUCAACACAGCCGUGAUGAAGAAGCAAUUGGGUUGCAUUCAAGUUCAGGUGCCUCCGGAUAUAGUCGACGAUCGCAGUACGAGUGACGUCACUGUCAACGAAGGCGACAACGUGACGCUGACGUGCACAGCCACGGGUAAGCCAACACCGAGGAUCGUGUGGCGUCGCGAGGACGGCCAAAAGAUCGUCGUAUUUCGCCCCAUGGCAUCGCCGUCGGCAUCCAAUCACAACAAUCAUCAUGCAAUGAAAACAUCCUCUGGCGGCAGCAUCAUGCCCGCCAAUGCAACAGCAGCAACAAUCGAUGAUGCUAUUGUUCCUGGAUUGCAGACUCAUCACCAACAUCAGCACCAAGGAAUUGCAGUCCCCAUGACAAGGGAACGAUCCAAAGAAGUGGAAGCAUAUCACGGUGAGACGCUGAGACUGUACCGCGUAACACGUCAAAUGAUGGCCGCCUACAUGUGCAUCGCCUCAAACGACGUCCCACCCGCGGUCAGCAAACGUGUACCGCUCAACGUCAAUUUUCCACCCCUGGUGACAUCAUCGAUGAACGUGGUGGGUGCCCUGCUGGGCACCGAUGUCCGCCUGACUUGCCAAGUCGAAUCGCAUCCGCCGAGCAUCAACUACUGGAUGAAGGGACGGCAACAAGACCAACACAACACGAUCCUACCGAGCGCCAAGUACAGCAUCGACGGUGAAAGGGGUGGGUCUUCCAGCUACAAGACGAGCAUGUCGUUGAUCAUCCACAACUUCCAGCCACAAGACAAGAGCGCAUACAUUUGCGUAGCCGCAAAUUCACUCGGCACAGCAGAAGCCUCAAUUCAAAUCUACGAAGUGGCGAGAGCAACGUUCGGUCCGACCCUUCGUUCGGCAACAUCCACUUUAGACGCUAACGAUUUCAUUAUCAACGACGAGGAUGAAGACGACGAAGAUGAAGAAGAUGAAGACGAUGGUGAUGGUCAUCAAUCAAGUAAGGGACGACAGCAUAAAAUUGGCGUCACGAGCCAAAAGGUCAGCACGAACAAGAAGAAACAUUCACGUCAUCAAAAACAUGAGACGUCGUUGUCGCCGAUGUCCAUGUCUCCUAGUGACGAGUACCGGGAUAGAAAACAAGAGCAGCGAGAUGAGACGGCUAAUCAGAUCAAUCAGAGAAGAGGCAGUUCUUCCGGUGCUGUCCCUCGCAUCCGGGCAGCCCAAUCGUUCGUUCGUUUUCGGCUCGUCGUUUUCCUUUUAUUUGUUUUUGCUGUAUAGUUUUUACUGUGUGCCGGUGAUAUCAUAUCUCUCAGUACUUAUGCCAGUAGUGAAGAACUAUUGGAUUUUAAAAAUUUUCUUUCAAAUCUACGAUUUUUGAUGUAUGAAAAUGUAAUAAUCGGCCGUUUUGCGUCAGGCCUGAUCGCGCCAUUUAAAAAACGCAUACGGCCAAUAGUAACACGUGUAUUAUGGUGUGAACUCCAUCUGAUUUUCUUUAUACAGAUUUGAUCUUGUUUCAUUCGAUCCCAAUAAUAAUGGCAAUCAACUGAGGAAAAGAAGUUGAAAGAUGUGAACACGGUGGGGUACAAGGUUUAUCUCCAUCAUUAGCACAGGUGUAAAGUGAAUGAUGAAUCAAUACUCUUGUCAAAUGUUAUAGUCUAUCUCAUGUUUGUGUACGUUGGUUUGUUUUGACGAUACCGAAUUGGAAAAUUCUUUCUUUGCGUUUUGACUUUUCUUUUCAGGCAUUUCAAGCCAAAAAUCACGUGUGCUAUAUCUUCUUCUUGUUCUUGCAUUUGCAUAGGAUGUUACAAAAUAUAUAACGACAGCCAAACAGAAA